AAGAACCGGAAGCGUCACUCCUGCUGUAGGCGCUAGCUAAAGCUACGUCGCUGCCAUCGUCUCACCGGAUUGGGGGUUUGACGACAGGAGACAGCCGCCUCAUCCCGGGUCCAGUCGCGAACACCCGUCCUCACCGGGGUCUCUGGAGAGAUGAACAACAACGGGAAUAAGAGAGCUCCAACCACAGCGACUCAGCGACUUAAGCAGGAUUACCUCAGGAUAAAGAAAGACCCCGUGCCUUACAUCUGUGCAGAACCUCUCCCCUCCAACAUCCUAGAAUGGCACUAUGUGGUCCGAGGUCCUGAGAAAACUCCAUACGAAGGAGGAUAUUACCACGGAAAACUCAUUUUUCCCAGAGAGUUUCCUUUCAAACCACCAAGUAUCUAUAUGAUUACACCGAAUGGGAGAUUUAAGUGUAAUACAAGGUUAUGUUUGUCCAUUACAGACUUCCAUCCAGACACGUGGAACCCUGCAUGGUCUGUUUCCACCAUCCUCACGGGUCUGCUCAGCUUCAUGGUGGAGAAAGGCCCCACCCUCGGGAGCAUUGAGACCUCGGACUACACGAAAAGGCAGCUGUCGGCCCAAAGCCUGGCCUUCAACCUCAAGGAUAAAGUGUUCCUCGAGCUGUUUCCCGAUGCCGUUGAUGAGAUAAAACAGAAACAGAAGGCCCAGGAGGAGUUAAACGCCCGCACACAGCCCCUCCCCUUACCCGACGUGGUGCCCGACGGAGACCCCCAACACGCCCACUACGGCAUCCCUCCCCUGAACGGAGGUCCCGUCCCGCUCGCAGGUGCCAACCCGGCCCCUGGUCUGCAGCAGGCCAAUCGUAACCACGGACUUCUAGGGGGGGCUCUGGCCAACUUGUUUGUGAUUGUAGGCUUUGCUGCGUUCGCCUACACAGUCAAAUACGUGCUGAGGAGCAUAGCUCAGGAGUGAGAGGAGCUGGCUUUGUAGGGUGA